AUGGUUCACGGAUUUAGUGCAAUCAAUGACACCAGCAGCAUCGUAGCGGUGCCAUCGGACGCUCAUGAUCGCUCGAAACGAACGCUCGCGUACACAUUCAACAGUUGCUCGGGGAUCCUGAUAGCCAUUUCCAUUCCGCUACAAGUCACCGGAAGAAACAUCUUCUUUUCGUACAACUUCGAGGCGAACUACAACAUGCCAACCGACUCGACGGACUUUACGCAGGGCAUUCUGAAGAAGGGUGACAACGAACAGAUCCAAGAGCCAACAGCAAGACAGUUGCGUUCCGCAGACCACAAUCUACCGGGCCAGCGCACGAUACAACCGUUGGUACCUCAGAAACGGUCAAGUAUAACGAGGAAAAAGGUGUACCGCAUGAUUGAACUGAACCUGGAGCGAUUUGGGUACGCUGGCAAACGGUGCAUUCUGCGAAUGAUUUGCGAUCUGGCCCAGGAUCCGAUGCACCAUGAGAACGGUGUGUUCGGGGAUCUGUUGCAGCUACUAUUCACGCCAUCAUUGUCGAAGCAUGAGCAGUUGCCUGGUGAAUUCGAGCGCGCCGAACGGUUAGGACUGGAGCAUAGAAACUGCACCAAAUACCAGGCACACUGUCCGAGCAAUCCAAUGGAUUUAGUGAGCAUUGUGCUGGGUGGUCAGUGA